AUGCUGUGCGCAAUUUCGGGAGAGGCACCCCAAGUGCCUGUCGUCUCGCCCAAGAGCGGCAGCGUCUUCGAGAAACGCCUCAUCGAGGCUUAUAUCGCCGAGAAUGGGAAGGAUCCGGUCAACGGGGAGGAACUUUCCGCCGACGAGCUCAUUGAGGUGAAGGCUCAGCGCGUCGUCCGACCCCGACCUCCCACACUUACCUCGAUCCCUUCGUUACUCAGCGUGUUUCAAGAGGAAUGGGACGCUCUAGCUUUGGAAACAUAUACACUACGUCAGACUCUCGCGCAGACGCGACAGGAGCUGAGUGCGGCACUAUACCAGCACGAUGCGGCCGUACGAGUUAUCGCACGGUUGACUAAGGAAAGAGACGAGGCACGCGACGCGCUAUCUAAAGUCACGGUUGGCGCCAGGGCUUCUGGAACUGGCGGUGAUGCUAUGCAGGUGGAUUCGACUGGUCUGCCAGAGGACGUUCUGGCCAGAGUUGAGAAUACCCAGGCAUCACUUUCUAAGACCCGACGCAAGCGUCCUAUUCCCGAAGGAUGGGCGACCGCAGAGGCAAUUUCCGCAUACAAACCGUCCGAAAGCACAGAUCCCAUCUUCCCCGGAGGCAAAACGUUAUCCGUCAAUUCAGCUGGUGACUCUGCGCUCGUCGAGACGGCCGAGGGAGUUGUUGGCGUUUUCUCGCUCUCUCAGAAGCAAGUCCUUCACAGCCUUCAGGCAAACGGCCCGGUUAUUGAUGCUAUCUGGGCUGGAGAAAAGGCGGUUGUGGCCUCCGCUACCGGCGCCGUGAAAGUCUUCGAGGGCGGCAAUGAAGUCGCAAGCUUCAACUCCCACGCCGGUGCCGCCACGGGGCUUGCGCUACACGCAACUGGCGAUAUUGUUGCAUCUGUUGGUGCGGAUAAGAGCUACGUGCUUUAUGAUCUGACAACCAACGCAGUCAUCGGACAGAACUUUAGUGACGCAUCCCUCCUUUCGGUGCAGUUCCAUCCCGAUGGUCACCUCCUUGCCGCUGGUGGUUCCGAUGGACAAAUUAAGAUUUACGACGUCAAGACCGGUUCAGCGGCGGCUAACUUUCAGCUUGCGGGGCCCGUCAAGCAAGUGUUCUUCUCGGAGAACGGUACUUUCUUGGCCGCGGUGACAGAGAACUCAACUACGGUCUCCAUCUGGGAUCUGCGCAGCGCCAAAGAGGUCAAGGUUCUCGAAACCGGCAGCCAGGUUGAUUCGAUCUACUGGGACUACACGGGACAAUUCAUUCUUACGGGCGGCCCUAGUGGGCUGACUGUUCAGCAAUACUCGAAGGCAUCGAAGGCAUGGUCAGAACCAUUACGGAGCGCCGUGCCUGCUGUAGCCGUGGCCUGGGGCUCUGCUGCUCAGAGCAUAGUGGCGCUCAAUACUGAUGGUGGACUGACAGUGUUGACGGCGCAGUAG